AUGAGAACAAAGCAACAACAACAACAGCAACAACAAUCUAAUUCAUCGUCAGGUGUAGCUAAUAACCAAAAGAGUUAUGGUUAUACUACUAGAAUCAAAAGUAAUAGUAGUGUUACUAACGGCGGCAACGUUGGUGCUACUCUUACUGAAAGUAGAAUCAUUACCAAUAUUAAUGAAUUAUUACCAGGUUUAAAUGAUAUAAGUGAUGCAUUUGAAGCAUUACCCAUUGAUUUAAUUAGAUAUUUUACAUUAUUGAAAGAAAUUGAUGCUAAAUGUAUUAACACCAUCCCACAAAUUAAUCAUUUAAUCAAUCAAUAUAUUACAAAUCUUCACCAAGAUAAGAAUGUUACCACCACCACCACAACAACAACAAAUGAUGAUAAUACCAUUGAUUUGAAUAAAAAAUUAGAAACUAGACGAUUAAAUUUAAUUAAGAAUAAAAUCAAUGAAGUGAUUCCCUGUUUAGAAGAAAAAAUGCAUGUUACUUCAGUUGCUAGUGAUUUAUUAAAGAAACAUAUGUAUAGAAUCAAUCAAGAUUAUAAAUUGAUUUUAUUAAAUAAUGAAAUCCCUCAAAGUAUUAGAAUUGGUCCAUUAAAUCAUCCAGCAAUGAUUAAUGAUACUCAUACUACAUCAUCAUCAUCAACAACAUCAACAGGGAAUGGAACUGGUGGUGGUGGUGGAACUAACAAUAAUCAUGGUGGUAAUAAUAGUGUACAAAGUCAACGUAGUGAAAGUAGAAGAGAAGCUUUGGCUGCUAGAAAAGCCAACAAGGAAGAUGAUAGAGAGAAUAAUACUGCUACUGGUGGUAGUGGUCGUAAAAAGAAAAAGGAACAAAAUAAUAAUAAUAAUAGUACAGCAAGUGGUGCUGAUGGCAACAAUGGUAGUAAUGGAAAGAAAAGAAACAGAGAUGAUAAAUCAAACAAUACUGGAAGUGGAAAUGAUUUGAAGAAGAAAAAGAAACUGAAUAAUAAUGAUCAAUCAGAUAAUAGAAGAAGAGGUGAAGAUGAAAAUGGUAAAGGUGAUGGUGAAACAAGUUUCAAUAGUGGUAAUGCCAAGAAUGAUCCUCAUGGUAAACUAAAGACAACAACUACAGGAAAUCUUGUUGGUGGUAGUUCAACUACAACAACAGUGUCAUCAUCGUCAACAACUUCUUCUUCAGCAACCACAACAACAACGAGUUCAACCACAACCACGAAAAAUAGUGGGUCAACUGGAGCUAGUACCGCUACUGCUACUGGUGCUAGCGGAGCUAAAGGAUCUUCUUCAUCUUCCUCAGGUAAUAAUGAACCAACGUAUUGUUAUUGUAAUCAAGUUUCAUUUGGGGAAAUGGUGGGAUGUGAUGGUGAUGAUUGUAAACGAGAAUGGUUUCAUUUACCAUGUAUUGGGUUUAAAAACCCACCAAAAGGUAAAUGGUAUUGUGACGAUUGUCUCAAGAAAUUGAAAUAA